UCGGCUUGGUCAAUGACUGAGCUUUGGAGUUUAUACUAUCUAGAAGCCGCCUGUAUAAUAUGAAUUACUUGUACAUUACUGAUCGGUCGAUGCUAAGAUCUGCUCACGUGACUACGGCGGAUGAUGAGGAACGCAGGACAAAAAGGCGGGGUGUUUAAGAGGGGGCUCAUCGCAAACACCCUUUCUAAAAGGAAUAUACGCGAAUGGAAACUGGAUUUAUUUUUCACGUUGGGAAAAAAUGUAAAUAUCCGGCAUCUAACUAAACCACUCUGCCCGCCUUAGGGACCGUCGUAAUCCCUCUUCUGUAAUUACCCAUUG